GUCGGCUUUUCCCCAAAAGUUCCAUGCAUCUUGUUCAUUCCUCCUACGGUGCCCAUUGGCUCUCUAAGGCAAGCACUUUGAUUCAGUAAGAGAGGGAGUAGAGUACAAAGAGAACCAUGGAAUCCAAGGAUAUGAUUUUCAUGAAGAAAGGAGAUGGAGAAAGUAGCUAUGCUCAAAGCUCUUUCUUGGCGCAAAGAAUAGCCUCCAUAUCCAAGCCUGUAGUACAGAGUGCGAUUAAUUCACUUUUUCACGAAAAUUUACUCCCAUACAAAGCUCUAAACGUGGCGGAUUUGGGUUGCUCUGCGGGUCCGAACACGUUUACGCUGAUGGAAACUAUUAUAGAAAGUGUUAAAAGCAAAUGUGGGGAAUUGAAUUGCCAGUUGCCAGAGUUUCAGUUUUACUUGAAUGAUCUACCUGUGAACGAUUUUAACACACUCUUUAAAGGAUCCUCUAGCUUUCUUGAAAGGUAUGAAGAUGUUUCAUGCUUUGUAAUGGGUGCUCCUGGUUCUUUCCAUGGCCGGCUUUUCCCUACAGAUACCUUGCAUCUUCUUCAUUCCUCUUACAGUGUCCACUGGCUCUCCAAGGCCCCAAGACUUGUAGACAAAGAUGGGUUGCCAUUGAACAAGGGGAAGAUUUAUAUAUCUAAAACAAGUCCUCCCAGUGUGAAAGAAGCAUAUCUUGCUCAAUUUCAGCAAGACUUUGGCUUAUUUCUCCGAUCACGCUCUCAAGAGAUGAUACCCGAUGGUCGUGUUGUACUUAUUGUCAAUGGAAGGCAAUCUUCGGAUGCUACAAGCAAAGAAAGCAACUUCAAUUGGGAACUUUUGGCUGAGGCUAUAAGCCACAUGGUCUCUCUGGGACUGAUUGCUGAAGAAAAGUUAGACUCGUUUAAUAUACCAUACUACAUGGCGUCACCAGAGGAAGUGAAGGAUGUAGUGGACAGAGAAGGGUCUUUUGCAAUCGAGCAACUUGACACAUUUUAUAUUGAGAAUGGAGAUAGGGCCAUCUGGGAUAACGAAGAAAAAAUUGCUCAAAGCGUCAGAUCCUUUACAGAGUCCAUGAUGUUACACCAAUUCGGAAUAGAAAUACUUGAUAAAUUGUAUGCGAAUUUUACUCAUAUUUUAAUCCGAGAUUUAGCGAGACAAACAGAGCCAAACAAGAUCACAAGCAUCAUUCUUGUGCUUAGGAGAAAUGUUCGUUUACCUUCUCCUUGAUGGUGCAUGAUGUUUCUUGCUUUUGUAAGGAAUAUUGGAACGCAGGUAGAAGAAUGGGUUGUGUUUGUAAUAAAACAAAUAUCUGGGUUGUGUUGUAAUAGAAUAAAACUUAAGUGGAAAACGGUGCGUUUUACUCUAUAUUCAAUGUAUAAAAACAUUGCUACCUUGUAACAGAUUUCAGCUAGAAAAAUUAGAAGAAGAAA